AUGCGGUCUGAUAGGAAGGGUGGUGGCCAACACGUACGCGUGCGCUCAGGCACGCAGUCCUUCGCACACGGACUGGCCAAUUCUUUGCCCGCUGGCACAAUUCGACUAUCCCACGCCAUGAUCUCCAUCGAGCAGCGCAGCAAACAGGAAGUCCUCGUCAGCACCGCCACCAAGACCUUCAAAGCAAGAAAAGUCAUCACAAGCGUCCCUCCACCCGUCCUCAGGAACAUCACCUUCCAACCACCACUCCCACUAGCAAAGCAGCUUCUCCUCGACUCCUACAACUACGGUUUCUACCAGAAAGUCAUGGUCGUCUUCAAAUCGCCCUUCUGGGUCGAGAAAGGAUUCUGUGGUUUGACGCAAUCGUUUAGAGGUCCUGCUGCGGUUGUGAGGGAUACUAGUAGUCCGGUAGAUAAGAAGUGGAUUCUGACGUGCUUCAUGGCUGGAAAGUAUGCGCUCGAGUGGUCGAAGAAGGAGAAGGAGGAGAGAGAGGCUGCUUUGCUGGAUCGGAUUGUUGCGUUUUACGAUUCCCCACACGCUAGGACGGAGCUGGUUGAGUUUGUUACGCUGCCUUGGAGCGAUGAGGAGUUCUCGGGGUUUGGAUGUCCUAGUCCGUCGUUGCCGCCGGGCGUGUUGUCGACGGUUGGUCAUGCGAUUCGAGAGCCGUUCCAGGACGUCCAUUUUGUUGGGACGGAGACUGCCGAAGAGUGGAAAGGCUAUAUGGAAGGUGCUGUUCGUAGCGGUGAGCGUGGCGCGGGAGAAGUCAUCACUGGCUUGAGCAAGAUCGUCUCCAGGCUUUAG